CAGGGCCGAAACAAUUAACGACAUACGUUGCAAUUUUGCUCCGACGCCAUUUUUUCAGUGAUCAGCCGAUUGGAAAGUGGUUAAAUUAAAAACUAUACUGAGUUACUUGGAUUAUUUACACACAAUACAUAUCGGACGGUAAGAAACGAAAUUCGUAAAACUAAGAAGUGCAAGGAAACCAAAAUGGCCGACACGAUUAAGGUGACACCGGGCGGCACGGAUGAGGCCCACCCGGAAGUGUUUGACUCGAGGGCCAUGCCGCCACAACCGACGGAGAAGAAACCUGGCCAGCUUUCGGAAGAAAUGAUUAAGAAGUUCUUCGAUGACGGUUUCGUGAUCGUGGAGGAUUUCUUUGACAAGAAGGACAUGGACGCGUGCCGGGAGGCGGUCAACGAGCUGGUGGAACAACUCGCCCAGAAACUUUACAAGGCCGGCAAAAUCAAAGAUUUGUAUAAAGACCUGGGAUUCUUCGAGAGACUGAUCAAGAUUGAGGCAGAUUUUCCAGGGGCUAACAUUAUUCUACACAAAUAUGGAAAACUGCCAGCGGCGUUCAAAGCACUGUGGACAAAUGAGCGUUUGUUGGACGUCGUCGAACAACUGAUCGGCCCGAAUAUUGCCGGACAUCCAGUCUGGAACCUGCGCACAAAGACGCCUCAGAACGAGGCUACCACCGUCCCUUGGCAUCAGGACGUGGGUUACCUUGACAACAACUCGUACACGGUGCUGCAGCCCACGGCCUGGAUCCCGCUCCUCGACGCCAACGAAUUUAACGGAUGUAUGGAGCUCAUGAACAAGGGCCACAGGUCGGGGAAGGUGGGCACGCAUCAGUGUUGUCAUGGAGGCACGUGGUACGUCAUGCUCGAAGAACAAGAGAUGAAAGACAAACUCGCGAUAGACGUGGAGAAGGACCGUGUUUUGUGCCGGGUGCCGUACGGGGGAAUGCUGCUGCUCAACAACAUGAUCCCACACAGGAGCCUGCCGAACGUGAGCAGCCAGAUCCGGUGGAGCCUGGAUCUACGAUGGCAAGACCCGGCCCUGCCCAACGGCUUCUACAACAUGAAGGAGUGUGUGCUGAUGAGGACAGCCGAUAACCCGGACCUUCAGGUGGACUGGGACAAGUUUGAGGGUAUCGAUAGGCACCCACUGCAGAAGGAAGCCGUGGCGGACAUGAACGAUGUUAUACCGAAAGCGGAGAGUGAGGAUUUCGAUACGACAAUCCAAGGCCCGUGGAUGAAGAAGUGGGACAUUGUGCAUGUGAAUCAGCACGUGAGCAAGCUCGAUCAGAACCAAGACUACGCCACGUGGCACGGGCACAAGGCCUAGACCAGCGUGCGUUCUUGGCUACCCUGGAUUGUUGGACAUUUGCACCCGCCAACUUUACAUUGGUCUUGAACGGCUGUGAUUUAUUCGUCUAAUUUUUGUGAUUUUUUUGGUCAAUCACAAAUACAUAUAUGUCAAUAAUCUAAAAUAAAA